AUGGGGCGUUGUGUUCUUGUAGAACUAAUUGAGGAACUAAACAGAUAUAAAGCCGCGCUACGCCUUGGACUGUUUAGUCAGUGAAUUUAACGAAAACUGUGUUAGUGUAUUCAUUAAAUUUGCCUCCCGUGCUCGUUUGUAAUUUCAAAUUUCUGAAAAUGUUUGAGAUAAAUAAAAUUAUUUUAACUUUAUUAUCGCUAUUAGCACUUGAAGUUAUGGCCAAAUUUCCUACGGAUCCCAAACCCUGCAAGUAUGGUGAUAAAACUUGUAUAAUGAGUACUAUUGAGUAUCUAAUGCAAGAGAAAUCGCAAGGUUUUGCAUCUUUAAAUUUAGUCAAAACUGAACCCUUGAAGGUCGCUAAGAUAGUAAUUAAACAAGGCGCUGAAAGUCCAGUCAAUAUUGAUUUAACAUUUACCAACAACGAUUUGGUUGGUUUUAGCAAAAUAAAAAUGGUUGACGUGAAGGGCUUUGGCAAGAAUUUGGCGACUAAACACGAGCUUUAUUGCACUGCAUCUACGCUUAGCUUAAUUGGUGAUUACUCCAUUAAAGGGCGAGUACUGGUGCUGCCAAUCACCGGCACUGGUAUAAGUAACAUUACAAUGGUUGACUCCAAAAUACGUAUACAGUUUGUUGGAUCACCGGCAGAAAAAUCGGACGGUGUCUAUAUGGAUAUUAAAUCUGUACGAAUGAGUGUGGAGCCUGGUAAGAUGAUAUUCAAUUUCGGUAAUCUAUUCAAUGGCGACAAGAUAUUGGGUGAAACAAUGAAUGCUUUCUUGAAUGAGAAUUGGAAGGAGAUUUAUCAAGAGGUGCGUGCCACUUUUACGAAAGCUUUUGCCCAAAUCUUUUCCAGCGUUAUAAAUACCGUAUUUAGUAAAUAUCCAUAUGAGAAGUAUUUCACGGAAUAAAUACAGUUUUAUAUUAUAUAUAUUAUAUAUAAGAUCACACAUAAAUGUUUGUAUGAUAAUUAAGUAAAAUAAAAAA